AAAAUUUUCAAUGAUGAAAAUGCGUCAGAUAAUUUAUAAAAGUGCUUUUGUUUUAUAAAUAAACCGUGAAGGAAAUCCUGAACCGCAAUCUUCGCGUAAGAAGCAGACAUAUUUGCUGCGUAUGAUUGCAGUUUUUUUUUCGAGGUUGAACACUUGGCACACCGAGGAGAAAAUUAGAUGUGGGAUAAGAUGAAUAUGCGACCACUCAAAAGGCCGCGUUUGGGUCCCCCGGAUGUGUACCCACAAGAGGCAAAACAACGUGAGGACGAAUUAACUUCUACUCACGUGAAACAUGGAUUCGCCACUGAACAUAAAUUGUCGGAGGAAUUCGGCACCGCUCGGAAUUGUAACGUUACAGCUAGUAAAGUAGGAGCAUAUUUCAAUGCAAUUUUAGCCCGGAAGGAAGAACUCAUGACAUUAGCAGACUCCGGGCGUAAAAAGCAACAGAUAAAUCCGAAAGAUAACUUCUGGCCUGUGACUGCUAGAAAUAAGGCUACCCUUGAUAAUUGGUUCAAAGAUCUAGCAGGUACUAAACCACUGAGUAGCUUGGCCAAGAAAGCUCCAAGUUUUAACAAAAAAGAAGAAAUUUUUGUGAUGUUGUGCGAGAACCAGGUCACUAUGCAAAGGGCAGCGUGGUUCAUCAAAUUAAGCUCUGCUUAUACAGUGGCUGUUUCGGAAGCAAAAAUCAAAAAGCGACAAAUGCCUGAUCCUGCUACUGAGUGGACUGGUACAUUAAUAAAAUUCCUGAAAGAUCUUAUACCUAAAUUACAUGAACAUUAUCACCAAGGACCGAUUCCAGAGAAACCAAUAAAUCCUACAGGUGGUCACACGCCUAAUUCGAAUCUAGGUUCAAAUGUUUCUACUAUUCCUCCUCCAUUGUCUAGUCCUGCAGGAAGCCUCCACAGUCCAGCCAGUUCCGGACUUGGGUCCAAUGUUUCGCAAAAUCCUAACCAAUUAACCACUGUUCUAUCACCGCAAGAGGAACAAAGAAAUGCUCUUAAACAGUGGAACUAUUGUACUCAGCUUUGUAAGUACAUGUAUGAAGAAGGAUUGCUGGACAAAGGCGAGUACCUCAAUUGGAUUUUGGACUUGUUGGAUAAAAUGAAAUCUUCGCCCUCAUCUGAUGAUGGUAUAUUAAAACUGUAUCUUCCGUUGGCUAUGCAAUACCUAUCAGAUUUCGUUCAAUCGGAAAGAUAUUCUCGAAGAUUGGCUUACGCAGUGUGUAAAAAGCUGGCAUACCUUCUCAAUUUAAUGGCUGAAAAUCAUAGUAUCAAUCUUGCAAACAUUCAAACCAAACUGGAAUCUUCAGAAGAGCAUAAAGAUAACAAUUUGACGGAAAAAAUGUUGGAUGAUGGAAUACCGAAGGUAGAUUCAGAAGCCAAUUCUAAUCCGUUCGAUACUAUUUUCAACGAAUACAUAGGCUGUCCUCACCAUCGUGAUUUAUUGCUACAAUUAUCUUCAAUCAUUCAUGUUAUUACUUUGGAAUGCUCUACCGCCCUCGUUUGGUGUGGUAUCGGAGAAACGAGAUCGUCAUCAGUUCUUUCCGGAAGUCCUUUGGAUCAUCUACAAAUUGCCCCCUCUUCUUUACCGAUGCCUUCUCGGUGUGAAAAAUCCAAUCAAGAAAUGCGUAAGAAACUUUUCGCAGCGGAAGAAAACAUACGUUUGCGGUCGCGUUUAGCUGAAUCGCGUUGGUGUAUUGAUAAAUGGCAAACUGCUGCCGGAAAUGCAAGUUUGAAAACAUUGGCGGUUUUGGAUGCUCUUGAUGGACAUUGCUUCGAUCGAAUGGAUACUAACAAUUCGUUAGAUGUUUUGUAUCUAAAAAUAUUUCCCCAGCUCCAACUUCCAAAAGAAGCUUCGUCUUCUACCAGUACAGGGGACGGAACACAACCUACAAAUCGUCAGAUGGAAUACGACGCCGAUCAAGAUGCAUCGAUUGUCAAAAUUCUGUGUGAGUGGGCCGUUUCGUGGCAGCGCUGGGGAGAACAUCGAGCUAUGGCAGUCGCAUGGCUUUUAGACAAACGUCAAAACGAUGUGUUUAACAUCUAUGAACAAGAAACUGGAAACAACGUAAACUCUUCCGAUGACAAAGAUUCGGUAAUCUCCGGGAAUCCACCAGGAGGAGGACUGCCUAUUUUCCAGAACAUUCUAAUGAACUUUUUGGAUAAUGAUGCCCCGGUUCAAGACGAAAACGCAACGUUGCAAAAUAAAAGUCAAUUUACCAAUUUAGUUCACUUAUUUGGUGAGCUUAUACGCCAUGAUGUAUUUUCGCACGAUGCAUAUAUGUGUACUUUGAUAUCAAGGGGAGAUUUAUUGACAGGAACAGGAAUGUCGCAAGCUGAUUCUCAGGCAAGUUGUAAUACAGGUUUGGGGACAGGACCAAUAUCAAACAAACCGUCUUCUACAUCACCAAAUAUGAAUCAGGGCUUAGAAGACGAAUCGAUGCAAAAUGAUUUUAAGGCGAAACUUGAAGAUUUGGACGACUCCAAUGUGGAUGAUGAUUUGGAUAAGUUACUACAGCAUAUUAAAGAAGAUCAGCAAAAUUCUAUGGAUGCUCCGGACAGCCCCAAGGACCCAGAGCAAACACCUGCUCAAGCUAGCACCAGUACAAAUAAAUCAGAAUCAUCCAGCAGACAUUUUCUGUACACGGAACAUUUUCCCUUAUGCCAAGAUGAUCCAAUUUCGCUUCACGACUGCAAUCAGCGUUACAUACUCUUGUAUGGUGUUGGAAAAGAACGCGACGAAAAAAAACAUGCAGUAAAGAAAAUGUCAAAAGAAAUAUGCAAACUAUUUGCAAAAAAGUUCAGCAUAGAUGUGGCCGAAGGUGGUAAAGUAAAAAAGCACUCAAGAAACGAAUUUAAUUUCGAAUCCACGUCGAAUAAGUUCCAAUCUAUGUCAUAUUUCGACCAACAUGUCGUAACCUGGCAAUGUGCCUUACAGGUACAAGAGAUGCUGAACAGUUUUUCGCUAGGAAACAGCAAUUAUUUGCCCGUCCAAGAACAUGUGGCGUUUCUUUUUGACUUGAUGGAAUCGGCUUUCAACAUUUAUGGACUUAUUGACACCUGCAUUCAAAUUUUGAAGGAGCUUCCAGAGGUGGAACUACAAUUGAUGAGUAAAAAUUCAGUAUUGGUGAAAAGUUACACCACGUCGUUGAGUUUAUACGUAGUGGGUGUGUUGCGUCGCUAUCAUUGCUGUUUACUACUCUCGCCAGAGCAAACGACUGCAAUCUUUGAAGGCUUAUGUCGAAUUGUAAAACAUGUAACAAAUCCUAGCGAUUGUAGUUCGGCAGAGCGUUGCAUUCUUGCGUAUCUAUAUGAUCUAUAUUCCGUUUGUGCUUCGCUGAAGGCAAGACCCCAGCAGGAGCCUUUUCACAAUGCUUAUCCGAAGAUCAAACAGGCAUUAUACACACCAUUGCAGCCGAUUCCAUCGGCACAUACGUAUAAUGCGCAAUUCAUGAGUGAUAUUAUAGCCUCUCCUAGGCGAGGUGGCAAGAUUGAACCAUCGUGGGCACGGCAGCUCAACGAUUCUGCGUCCAAUAGAUAUAGUUUUGUUUGUAAUGCAAUUAUAGCUAUAACGCGCGAUAUUGAUAACGAUACUUUGAACGACAUUGCUGCCAUGUGUGCCGAACUAACCGCGUGUUGUAAUGCCCUUACUACCGAAUGGCUGGGAGUACUGAUUGCCCUUUGUGGCUCUAGUAAAGAUGCCGGCUAUUAUGUAGAUGUAAUAACGCAAGUUGAUGUUAAAAAUAUUAACAUACAUAAUGCUUUGUCCGUCUUUACAAGCAUUCUGGUGGCUCGGCACUGUUUUUCGCUGGAAAAUUUCGUUGCUCAUGUCGCCCUUCCAGCACUAGUACAAGCAUGUAAGGGACGAAGUGAAACCACACCGGAAAUUGAAGCGGGAGCGCGACUGUCAUGUCAUCUUUUGCUCCGCCUGUUUCGGACAAUCGAGUGUCCGCAGCCAGGAUUGUACUCCGUUAGCACAUCUCCCAAUCCUAUUUCCACAGUUGGACAAAUUCACAACAUAAAACUAAGUUGCGAUAGGCAUCUGCUUGCAGCGGCACAUAAGAAUAUAGGAGUGGCUCCAGUAUUAGCGGUUCUCAAAGGCAUUCUUGUUGUCGGAGACGCCACAGCUCAGAAGUCACCGUCAUCUAUUUUCGGUAGUGGAAGAAGAAGUGGAUUAAGUACACCCGUGCAUCCUGGAAGCACUCCAAAACACGCAGGAGACUUGAGUCACAUCCUUGGCACUAGUGAUUUGUCCAUACUAGGGAAUACUGACGAUUCCAUGCUUGAUCUGACUAGGAUGAUCGAUUUGGGGCAACUUUCGCCAACCACGGCUGCUCGACUGAUUGAUAGCAGCAGGCAAAAUAAUGUGACUCAGGACAGUACAACAAGUUUGUCGGAUUUUGCUCAAAAUGUGCUUCGUCAGAUUUGUUCGCAAGAAUGGGUUCUAGAGAGGUGUCUGCAAAACGCCGACGAGCUAUGUCAACAGGGUAUGCUCAUUGAUAAUAUGCUAACAGCAAAACAAGCACAGCGGUUGCUUCAUAUGAUCUGCUAUCCGGAACAUGAAAAUAAUCUAAUAGCUGAGAUGGAUCAAAAAGCUAUCAUUGUCAGAAUUUUGGAAAGCUUGGAACAGUGGUCUUUAAGAAUUUCUUGGCUAGAUUUACAAUUGAUGUUCAAACAAACAAACUGUAGUUCACCAGAGUUAUCCAACUGGUUGGACAUGGUGGCCAGGGCAGCCAUCGAUGUUUUCCAGGUGUCAGAUUGUAAUAUUAACAAUUUGUUAAGAGGAAGUAAUUCUAAGCUUGAUAAAAUGAAACCAUCUAUAUGGUUAGUUGCACCCCUGGUGUCUAAACUACCCAGUGCUGUACAAGGAAGAAUUCUCAAAGUAGCCGGCCAGGUUCUGGAAAGUACCAAUAUGUUUAACAAAUCCAAGGAUAGCAGCAGUAGUAGCAAUUGUGGUAUGGGAAGCCAUGACGGAAACAGUAAUAGCAGUGUCAGUUCCAAUGGAAGUGUUAUGGCCAGCAAACAAAGCACGCAGUUGAACCACCAACCCUUUUUAGGGUUAGUAUUGACAUGCCUUAAAGGACAAGACGAACAGAAAGAAGGAUUGCUACAGAGUCUUUAUUCCCAACUGUCACAGUUUAUUCAAAACCGUGAUCUGGAAACGGUAGGUGGAAUUGAUGAUUCCCUCGGAUUCGAAAAAAUGUUGGAUGCCUUGCAGCUACGAUAUUCAUUGGUUGGUGGAUUGUUCGAUUCUAUUCAGAAAAAUUCAACAGUAACAAGUGAUUGGGCUAUACUUUUCGCUCAACUGAUCAGUCAGGGUGUUAUUGAUUUGAGUAACAAUUCAGAACUGUUCACCACAACACUGGAUAUGUUGGCCACUUUGAUUCAUUCCACGCUCGUAUCGGACAGCCAAUCGGAACGUGAUGAAACCAAGAAGCAAUAUACGAAUUUAAUGAAAAAGCUUCGUAAGGAGUUGGGUGACAGAAAUAACGCAUCCAUAAAAUAUGUUCGACAACUACUUCCAUUGGCAAAACAGACUUGUGAGGUAAUCGCUUGUGAACCAGCAGGAAGUUCAACAGAUGCCAAGGGUAAUAAAAUCAACAUCGAUAGUAUUGAGAAAAAACAUGGCCUGCGAUUGGCAGAUAAACAACGUGUUAGCGUUUGGGACCUGUUGGAAGGACAUAAAAAUCCAGCACCCUUGUCCUGGGCAUGGUUUGGUGCGGUCAAAAUAGAAAGAAAGCCGCUGGCGUACGAAGAGACGCAUCGUUUGUUGAAGUAUCAUACGCAUAGCUUGGUAAAACCAAGCAGCUACUACUAUGAACCACUCACUUUACCUCCAGAAGAUUUAGAACCAUUGCCUGACAAAAACAAAGAUGAUAUGAAGGCUGAUACGCCUACAUCGGACCAAUCUCCGGCUCCCCCAGGUAAGAAGGGCAAAACUCAAAAUCGUAAAAGAAAGCCUAAAGGAGGUAGUACGCCACAAAACGUUCCACCUAAUCAGCAACAAGUUGGUAUGAGUGGCCAUCAACAGAUGUCUCUAGCAGCUGGUCAACAGCAGUCGAAUACAACAAAUCAGCAACAACAGCAGCAACAACAACAACAACAGCAACAACCACAGCAGCAGGUUGCUAUGACCCCACAACAAACGAUGCAACAAUUACAGAACGCUAAUCUUGGCCAACUAACAAUGGGUAAUCAGAUGAUGGGCCAGAUGAAUCCUCCACAUUUGCAGCAGCAAUAUCAACAGUCUAAUUCAAAUCAAAUGAUUGCACAACAGCUCGCUCAGCAGCAGCAGAAUAUGGGUCAAGGUAUGCAAAGUGGAAACAUGGGCGGCUUGAUGGCAGGUCAUCAGCAGCAACCUCAAGGGCCAAAUCAAAUGGGAUUCGUUGGUGCUGGACCUACUGGCGUUUCAUCUAUGGCAAAUCAGAUGGGUGGUCAAAGUGCAGCAGGUGUCGGGACAGGUAAUCAACAAUGGGGUGGUUACAAUCCCAUGAAUCAACAAGGACAACCACAAAAUCAAAUGUUUUACAAUCCAAGUAUGAAUCAAGGAACUAUGAACCGAUUCGAUCGUCCUCAGUUAAGUGCAAAUCCCAAACAAGUUCUCUCAAACAUGUUGCGUUCACGUAUGCCCAUGAAUGCUACAAAUCAGAAUGCCGGUGGUUUCAUUCCACAACAACAGCAACAACAACAACAACAACAGCAGCAGCAGCAGCGAAAUCAACAGCAACAGUUUAUUCGUGGUCCCAUGAGACCAGGCAUGCCAAGCCAAAUGAUAAGUUCCGGUAUGGGUGCCGCUUCCGGAGGAGCUAUGAUGCAAUCUGGAGGAAGUAUGAUUCAAACAAAUCUACUCAAUCAAUCCAAUUCUGGCAUGGUUAAUCAGGGUAUCAAUACAAAUAUUCCCAAUACUAGUAUGGGUGGUAAUUCCACUGGCAAUGCAACCGGAAUGAACAAUCCCAACAUGAUUGGUAUGCAGAACAUGCAACAGGGUGGUAACAUGAACGCCGGCAUGGUUAAUCAAGGUAUGAAUAUGGCUAAUGCUACCAUGGCUGGCAACAAUAUGAUGAAUCAAACCGGAGGGAACGGAAAUGCUGGAAAUAUGGGUAAUUCUGGUAUGAUGGGUAUGCAAAAUAUGCAGUCUGGGAUGUUUCAAGGUCAAUCAGGACCUUAUCAGACUAUGAACCAGAACUAUCCGAACUAUGGCAAUCAGAAUAUGGGACAACAAGGAACGCAAGGUAUGAUGGGAAAUUUCAAUCAAAUGGUACAGCAACAGCGAAAUACACAGGCUGAAUAUCUAGCUCAACAAAGAGCACUAGCCGCUCGUGGGGGCCAGUACGGUCAGCAUGCCCCGAAUGUUACAAUGAAUAACAUGGGUAAUCAAGGAACUGUUCCUCCUUAUCCUAGGCAAGGUGGUAAACCUGGAACAACUACAGCUGUCCAGAACCAGCAAUUCCAACAGCAACAACGCUUACGCCAGCAAAUAAUGAUGCAACAACAGCAAGGUAUGAAUCAGCAAUCCGGUGCUCAAGGAAUGGUUCAAAAUCAGCCUGGAAUGAACCAACAACAAACUCCCAACUUAGUUGCCCAACUGCAAAGACAGAUGCCCAACCAGGGAAACAUGAUGGGGCAGCAAUAUUCUCAUCAACCGCCACCGUAUUAAUCUCUUAACCCUUUCAAGCUCAGUUAAUAAGUUUAAAUUCAAAUUUCUAAUAAUAAUAAUUUCGACUAUUCAUCACAUACAUACGCAAAUAAAAUAUACAUUAAUGAUCCCGUAAAA